AUGGCUGGAAUCGCCAGUUCAGCACUUUUUAUCGUUAUUUAUGAAAAUAAAGUAGAACCGAUCGAAAAAAUUAUCCAAAAACACGCUGAAAGAAGUGAAGAACAACACAACCCUAAGCUCGCUUAUCUUCAAGAUUCCCCCAACAUCACAGAAAGCUUUGAAGGGUCAGGAGGUUCCUCUUUUGAAGUUAGAAAAAGAGCGAAAUUUGACACGUUCGAUAAAUAUAAUUUUGUAAUCAUUAUUGCUGAUGAUCUUGGCUGGGCGGAUGUUAGUUGGAAUAAUAAGUUCGUGAAGACGCCGAAUUUGGAGAGAAUUCGAAAACAAGGAAGAACGUUUACCAAUCUUUACUCUCACAGCACCUGUUCGCCUUCUAGAGCUGCUCUUCUGACUGGAAUUUACGCUUGGCGAUUGGGCUUGGACGGAGCACCGUUUAAUCCAACAAAAGUGAAUGGGAUCCCCCUGGGAGUAGAACUCAUUCCAGAGAAGCUCAAGAAACUAGACUACAAAAAUCACUUUAUUGGAAAAUGGCAUGGUGGUUUUUGUCACCAAAACUUGACCCCAACCGAGCGCGGCUUCGACAGCUUCUAUGGCUUCUACUCUGGAGCCGUGAAUUAUCUAACUCAUGAGUCAAAAUUCAACGCGGAAGAAGUCGCACUUGAUUAUCGAAAAGUCGAAAAUGGCACAGAAACGAUCCUGAAGGACAAAAACGGGGUUUACACAACUUCCGAUUUCACCAACCAAGCAAUCGAUAAAAUUGACAAUUUCGAUACCGAAGGUGACCUCCAUAUCGGCCGCCUUUAUGAUAAGAUUCGAGAAACCCCGGGCCUUUGGGACAACACGGUUCUCCUCUUUGUCUCAGAUAAUGGCGCCACUUCUCCUGGAGGAUCCAACUAUCCUCUGAGAGGAAUGAAAGGCGAUUAUUUUGAUGGAGGAAACAAAGUUCCCGGUUUUAUCGUCUCUCCAGUUUUUAAAGAAAACGACCUAAAGCGGUCGACUUUCGAUGAAACAGUUCAUUUUGCUGACUUGAUGGUAAGUCUUUUAGGCCUUGCAGACCCGACGGAUUCAUUGGUAACUGACCAACUGGACGGACUGAACUUGUGGGACUCAAUGAUUGGAGAAGUUGGGAGGAGCAAGAGACGAGAGACAAUUUAUCAUAUCGACCAGUCACCUAAACCAUCGAGGGAGAUCCAAAGCAACGUUUUCCUCCAACACGCGAACUGGCGAUUCAAUCAGUCAACUCAUUCGAGUACAGUAUACUCGGCAGCAAUCCGACUAGACGAGUAUAAGUACAUAAAAGCUGUCAGAAACGUACGUAAGAAUAUGUUUCCAUUUUCUGCAAUCAACGAGGACUGGACCUGGCAAAGUCCUUCUGAAAUCACCCCGCCCGUGUUGAUACAGAAUAGAUUCGGGAUGCCUUUCAUUUCAGAAGAGUAUGAUUACUGGUUGUUUAAUUUGGAGCAGGACCCGAUGGAAUCGGUGAAUUUGCUGGCGUUUGAAAGCCUAACUGAAAAGGAGUAUUUGAUUUUGUCGGAAAUGGAGGCGAUUCUUGAAGCGGAAAGUCGGAGAAUGAUGCCUCAGAUUGCAACUGAACGGUAUAAAAGCGAGAACGAGCUUAUAAAAGCUGUAGAAAAAGGAGUUUGGAUAAGCGAUUGGUGUUCUUCUACAGAUCUUGACGCGCAUAAUCUUUAUUACAAACUUGCCUGA